AUGGGCCAAAAGUGCGCGUGCUUCAAAGAUCAGACAUCAGAAGACAACCAGCUAAACGUUUUCAAAGAAAUCCACUCCUCCCAAUUCAAACAAGAGCACGCAGCUCCUGAAGAUUUUUCAACUUCCAUCAAUAUCGAUUUACAAAUAGACAUUCUUUCUAUAGUCAAACUUCAAUCAGUACUUCGAGGAUUCAUAGAUAGGGCAAUUUUAAAAGACGCAAGAACAGCCUCUCCUUCUUUUCAAAGGCUGCUAUCUCAUUGCCAAUACCCACGCACUUCAUUGCACGAAAUUGAAGGAGAAAUACCAUCAUACUCCAAUGCAAGCACAAUUGCAGCUGCAAGGAAGCUAGAGCCAUUUGUCUAUAACUUUCAGCUGAAUGACGGAGUCCCCACUUUCUCCAAAGGCCCUGUACAACUAGAAAACGGAGCAGUCUACAUUGGAGAUUGGAAUAAAGAGCUAGAAAGACAUGGCAAAGGAGUGCAAAUUUGGAAUGACGGGAGUAAGUAUGAAGGAUACUGGAAAAAUGACAGGGCUAGUGGAAAAGGAAGACUCAUUCAUGGAGAUGGAGACGUAUAUGAUGGAGAAUGACAAGAUGAUAAAGCCCACGGAUAUGGAGUCUACACACAUACAGAUGGGGGAAAGUAUGCUGGACAGUGGGAAAAUGAUAAACAGCAUGGAAAAGGAGUUGAGGAGUGGCCUGAUGGAAGCAGAUAUGAAGGCGAGUAUAUCAAUGGCAAAAAGCAUGGAAAAGGUAAAUUUAUAUGGUGCGAUGGGAGUACUUUUGACGGAGAAUUUGACAACAAUAAUAUCCAUGGCCAUGGAGCUUACUGUUGGAGUGACGGAAGAAGAUACGUUGGAGAUUGACUUAGCAACAAGAUGGACGGCAAAGGGAUUUUUACAUGGCCAGACGGAAGGUGCUACAAAGGUGACUAUAUUGACGAUAAAAAGGAAGGGUUCGGAAUUUUUAUGUGGCCUGACGGAAGGAAGUAUGAAGGCUUUUGGCUCAAUGGGAAGCAGCAUGGAAGAGGAAUCUACACAUCUGCAAAUGGAGAAAGGAAAGAAGGGGAGUGGAAAGAUGGAAAUAGACUGAAAAAUGAUAACAUAAACGAUUAA